CCAUCUUGGUCCGUGUUAUUGUGAUUGUCCACUUCCCUCCUUUCUUAAAAAAAACCCUUGACGUUUAAAGACGACGUCGCUCGGCAGAGUAAACUAAAUAAUUUGUAUGCAUUGACGCGUGGGACAACAAAGCCGUCGAAACUAAUGAUCUCAUGACGCGUCUGAGACUGUCGUCCUUGUCUGUUGACUUCCGUUUGUUGUAAAACUAGAAGAAAAAAAAAAGACGACUCCUCAGGGAAAGCGACCGUAAAUUGUGCGGUUCAUAACCAAACAUGUUCAAAUCAAUACACUCUGAUUCAGAGUCGACUUAUUGCGAGGAAACGUCUCACUAUCAGAAAGUGUGGGGAUGAAAGCCGCUAUCGGUGAUCCUUUAACGCCAGUGAAGUAGCAGAUAGUGGCGGUGCGAAAGCAUCGCUUUGCUGCUGUGCUAGGAUGAAAAAACUCUUCGGGUUCAAGAACAAGCCGCCUUCAAAUGACGCAAAAGAAAUGGAGACUGAGAAGCUGCACAAGGCCGCCUCGGAGGGCAACAUCGGCAAGUUGGAGCAUUAUGCCGAACUCAUCAACGUCAAUGAGGUGGACAAGCAGAACAGGACAGCACUUCAGCUCGCUUGUGCCGGCGGAAAGGUUGAGGCGGUGAAAUUCCUCUUGGAGAAAAAAGCCAAUCCCAAUUUAUUCGACAAUCAAAAUAAGUCUCCCUUAAUGAAGGCAGUGGAAGGCCAGCAUGAGCAAAUUGUGAACAUCCUGCUGGAGAACAAUGCAGAUCCCAACCUGGCAGACAUGAAUGGCAACACGGCUUUACAUUUAGCGGCUCGCUUCCCGUCCCACUCCAUUGUUGUUUUGCUCAUGAAGUACAAAGCUGACAUCAACGCUCAGAAUCUGGAGGGCUUUUCACCGCUAACUGUGGCGAUUCAAGAGAGCAAAUCAAAUAUGGCGGAAUUUCUGUUGAAGAAAGGUGCUGAUGUUAAUAUUUUGGACAAAAACAAAAGGUCACCAUUAAUGGCUGCUGCCGGGAAGGGACACUCCAGCAUUGUGCAAUUGCUCCUGCAGCUUCAAGCAGAUACUAAACUAAAGGAUAACAAAGGACAAUCGGCUGAAGUCCACGCUAGGAAGGGAAACCAUGAUGAUUGUGCCCUCCUCAUCACCAAGCAUGUUCCACAAGGGAGCCAGGCGGCCUCAAAAAGGACCUCAAAAUCAGACAUGGCCAAUGAUGCAGAAAAUAAAGUGUUGAUUUCCUCUGGUGGACAGAAAGCGGCUGACAAGCAGAGAGAGAACGACAGAAACCAAUUGUUAAUGUUUAUAAAUCAAAUUGAAGACGAACACAGCGAAAAGUUAGACGCGCUAGAAGACUUGGGUGUGGACUGGGAUAAAAUCAGCAACACCAGUAGGAAAUCUCUGCCUGAAGGCUCUGCGGCCUCUCCAACAUCCAAUGAACUCCUCGUGUGCUCCAGUCCCUCUAUCGAGGAUCAGGAGGUCGAUUCGCUUCCAAAAGCAACUCAAAAAAACACCCCAGACCUGAAACAGUUGAAGUCGCAUACCCCGCUGACGCCACGUUUAAAGAAAAUACUUCCAGAAAGUGAAAAAUCAGAUGACAUUUUACCUGGGUCAAGCUAUGAAUUCAAAGGUGACAACCAGCAUCGUAAGGGAGUGUUUAAACCAGGCUCCCCUACAAACUCACCAUUUGCAAAUCUAGCAGCCAGACAAAGGUGGUCUCGGGUUGGCCAAGGGGCUGUUGAGACUGUUUCAAUGAAAAAGGCCAGUUCUUUCUGUGACACGGGUGGAAGAGCAGCAGAGGGACUUAAACUUGAGAAACAUGACAAACUUGAGAAGAGUCCAACCAGCCGCAAAUCACCAGAUGUCUCUCGGGGCGUCUCUGCUUCGACAAGUUGCAGUAGCAAGCCACCGGUGGAAUCACCCUCACGUCAGCGGACCUCUAGCAUCAACAGAGCUGAAGAGCUUGUUGUUGAGAAACCCUCACAGCUAACGGCGGUUUCCAAGUCCCUCUCAACCAAAAGCCCCCAGAGGAACGUCAAAGUGCUCCGUCUGAAUGAUGACAGCACUUUAAGUGACAUGUCGGAUGACGAAGGAAGGUGGCAGACGAAAGAAAAGAAAAAAAAACUGCACGCUGACGAUAUUGAGAUCUCCGAAGAGCUCGAUGAGAUUACUUCGUCGUCUUCAUUGACUGCAGAUGACUGUGAUCUUCACAUGUCAACCUCUAAAGAUCCCGCAAGAAAGUUCAUUCUGGAUGAGAUUGCAAGCCAACAAAGUAAGCACCCCAUUCUGAAGCCUAAAGACGCUCAUGGCUCCCGUGCAGGUGUGGUGAGCAAACUGAAAAACGACAAUGCCGAGUUAAAGAACCAACUCGAGGAGGUCAAAGAUGAUAAAUGUGUCAUGGAGCAUAAAGAAAUGGAGAUGCAAAGUGAAAUCGCCGACCUAAGACUUCAAUUAAAACAACGAGAAGAAAAUGCAUCUAACAUAAUUAGGUUGUGCCAUGGCAACCAAGAGAAGCUUGAGGAGGAACUGCGACAUGCCAUCUCUCAAUUGAAUGAGGAGCGCUGUUUAACUGCACACCUGCAGCAACGGUUCAAGAGCCAGAGCUGCAAGCAGCAAACCAUUGAAGAGGACUACAAAAGAGCCAAAAACAUUGAGGAACAUUUAAGAUCAGAACUUGAGAUGACUCAGGCUCACUGCAGCAAUAAACAGAGAGAGCUUGUACAGGAGAACGAGGCCAUUAAAGACCAGCUGGAAGGUCUUCGCCAAGACCUUAAACUCUGCGAAGAAAUCAAAACCAAAAAUAUGUUGGAUUGUAACAAUACGAUUCAGGCGUUAAAUUGUGAGCUCACAAUGGCAAACAACCGCCUGGAGAAUGAGCAAAAGGACCGUGACGCUUUGGUGGCCCAGACCCAGGCGAUCCGUUCCCAUCUCGCGGAGGCGGAGCGAGCUCGGUCAGAAUGCGAGAGAAAGCUGCUCCUACAGAAGGAGGAAAGCCAGCGACAGAAAGACAAACUUGCAAAUGAAAUGGCCAGUCAACGAGAAGCGGCUAACAAACAGAGUCAGAAGCUAGUUAAGUCCAGGGCACGUUUAAAAUCACUAGAGAAAGACAAACGUACAGCUGAGAACUUGGUCAAAGAGAAGAACCAGCAGUUGACCACCAUGCAGCGUGAAAAUGUCCAGAUAGCUACGCGCAUUAAAGAAAUGGAGGCUGCUCUCCGGGCAGAGAAAGAUAUGCUCGGCUUUGUCGGAGGGUGCAAAGAAGACACUGAGGCGCGCCUGACCAAAACCCAAAGUGAGGUUGUUGCGCUACGGCAAAAGCUGGAGGAGGUCCAAAACAAAUGUAUUGAAAAGGAGAGCGCUGUGACAGACGCCCAGAAGAAUUUCUCUGACAUUGUGUCCAAGCUUCGCACCGACUCUGAGGAGAGAAUACACCUUGCGCAGAGUAGGACCCAGGAUCUGGUUGCUCAGAAUAGUGAGCUCCGAGAACAAAUCCACCAAAUGGAAGUGGAGAAAAAUGAAAGAGAGGCUCAGCAGAGGGACCAGCAGACAAAGUUAGCCGACUCGUCGAAGAAGCUGUCAAAGUGCGAGGCUUCUUUAGAGGUUUAUAUGAAUUAUCGAAGUGAUUCGGAGGAAGAGAAAGCUCGGCUCCUCAAAGAAACGGACAAGCUUAAAAGAAAGCUGGACGAUAGAGACUCGCAAAUUUUGCAAGUAGAAAAACGUGUCAGUGAGCUCAGGAGUCGUCUGGAUGAAAGAGAGAAAGAACUCACUGUUGCUCUUCAGAAACAGAAAGAGGCGCUGUCUGCUGCAACCACAUCCAACAAUACAGUCCGACAGUUGGAAGAGACUGUGCAAAGACAACGCCUCGUACUUAAGUCAGCGAAGAGAAGACUGCGGGACCAGCAAGCAAGUGAAGUUGAGAGAGAAAAGGUGAGCGAGCUUCAGGCAGAGCUGAAGAGGCAAAUGUCCUUCCGUAGCCUGAUGGAGAGAAACAAGAAGCACCUGGAGGAGGAGAUACAGAACCUGAGACGCAAAGUAGAGACCUCUCAGAUGGAGCAGAGGCAGGUGGACCAGUACCGUCGCGAGAUAGAGGACAAGGCCCGGCAGGAAGUACAAAAAAAACUACAGGAAGUCAACCUGUUCUUGCAGUCCCAGGCAGCAACGCAGGAGGCACAAGAACAGAUCAAAGCUUCCUCCGAGCUUAGUUUACGCGCCAAGAUCCAAGAGUUGGAGGGUGAUCUGAGGAGAGCUACUAACAGCCAAAAUGAAACCAUUACCCAAAUGGACACCCUACAGAAAGAUUUAAAGCGUUACCGUCAGAUGCACAGAGAGGAGCAGUGGCUCAGGAAAUCCCUGACUGCUGAUCUAAAAAGGAGUAACAGUCGCCUUGCAGAAGCCAAUGCUAAGUUGCUCAGUGAGCAGUGCAAGUCUUUUGUCGCCUCAGGACCCCCAGGGGGCGUGACUCCCCUCGCUUCAACAUCCAGCCAAAUAGGGCCCCCCCCAUACAGAGGCCACAGCACGAGAAUCCUCGCUUCUGUGGCUAGUGGACAGGGCAGCAAUGUGGAGGAAUACUUGGCUAAGAAAGUGCAGAGUAAAACCUCCUGUCCCCCACGCACCAAACACCUCGCUGAGCCCAAAGAAGUGACCUGGAAGUAACAGAUUGAGACAAAUGGACUGAUUCGGACCAGGCCUCAGCAGAACUCGACAUCUCUGGCCCGUAUGGCUCCAGGGUGGACCCUGUUAGCAGAGCAGCAGUACCUGCGGGUUCUGAAGGAUAGCCAUGAGGUCUAUCACCACUAGGGACACUACCAGCAUUCCGAGUUUAGAUAUGACGGACAACUUCAGCAUCAGACUGAGCAAUCUCGACUGACCUCAAAGAGCUUGCUGCUUGUUGGCUAUCAUCUAAAUAAAUACUGUAGAUAUAGGCAGCAUGGCCCUAGCCCAUAAUUGCUGUUGUGGUUUUGGUGCUAUGUAGUCCUUUUAAAAUACAUUCAGUCAUUGCCAACAACCGGACCAAAGCCGAUUUCCACCAUUUUCCACCAAGACGUUACUCUCCCUCUGACGGAGAAAAGCUAGCACAAUGCACAUUGCACUUAAGCGCUCAGGAAGUGAUUGCACUGAUUAGCCACACUAACAUAAUUUAAUGAGAGCCUCUUCCUUAAAAUGUUAAGAGACUGCCUUCAAUUUGGUGCGGUAUACAACCCCAAUAUUACAACACGUUUACCAAUAAUACCAAUACUUUUCUCAAUCGAAACAGAGUUUUAUUAUAAUGAAAUAACUCUUCAUAUCUCAUUAGAUGGUAGAUCUACCUAAUGUGGCUAAUUGGUGCAAAUACUGUAUGUUGUGUCAUAAAGUGAAAUAUUCAAUUUUUAUAAACAAUAUACAGUGCAAAUAUAUAUAAUCCUAGUUUGGGAUUUUAUUUUAUUUUACUAUUGGUGUGUUUGAAUUUGAUGUAUGUGUCAUUACUUGAUAUGUUCAAUCAAAGUGUAAUAUUUUGUUUUGGUUUUAUAAUAUAUUUUUUUAAAAACAUGCACAUAAUUUUUGUAUUAUUUGGUUGUGUGUUAUAUAUUUUGUUUUUGUAUGUGUAGUAUUACAUCAUGUUUGUGAAUAUGUAAAUAAAAAGAAAGCUUGUAAAUCCUGUAAAUUAAGAG